AAAUGUCAAUGUCAAAAAGUUGCCACAAGCUCCUUGUGGCACUAUACCACAAGUUUGCCUGUAGUCUUUUAUAGGUUAUAGAUCUUAUUAGCGUUUAUCUUAUUUUACCGUUGUUCUUGUAUAAAAACUAAUUAAAAUGACGCGCACUGUUAUAACUAUUGGAGACUAUAUUGUUAUCAAGAAGCAGAAUUAUAAGAAACUUCAUAAAUUUAACAAGGCAAAUUCAUGUGUAAACAUUGGACGUGAUAAUGUAAAUCUAAAAGGAAUAGAUGGUUGUGAAUAUUUUUCUAUUUUUAGGAUGUUAGCAAGAAAUAAGAAGAAUCGCGAAUAUGAUUUAGAACUGAGUCCAGAAGCUAUGGAUCUAAAAAAUGAAAUCGAUGUGAAAGAGUCAGGUACUGAUAAUAGAAACAUAUUUGAUGAUGGUCGAUCGCAAAAGUUAACACCUGCAGAAAUUAACGAUUUAAGAAGUGAUUCUAGUAGAGCAUCUGAUAUAGUAGAAAGUCUUAUAACUAAUUCUAAAACAUUUCAUAAUAAGACUGAAUUUUCACAAGAAAAGUACUUAAGGAAAAAAGAGAAAAAAUAUUUUGAAUACAUACAAAUUCUGCGACCCAAUUUGAGGAUGAUAACUGAGAUACUAUAUAAAUUGGACCCAAUCAAAAUUCAAGGUAUAAGAAUAGAUACAUUAUCACAAAUCAUUACAUUAUGUAAUAUUAGUUCUGAAGGUAACCAUUUACUAUAUGAUUCUGGUUCAAAUGGUUUGUUAGCAGCAGCAUUACUUAGUGCGAUCGGAGAGCAAAGCAGUGGUAAACUAAUUCAUAUGCAUCCUGGAAAUAUGUCACAGAAAUUAGCUUUACUGGGAAUGAACUUUAGCAUGGAACAAAUGGAUAGGUGUAUUUCUGUAAAUGUUUAUUCUGCUUUGAGACAGUUCUAUCAGGGAUGUGACACCAAUUGUAAUGAUGUUACUAACAAUGAAAGUAUUGAUAGUAAUGAAUUAAAAAGAAAGGCUUUAAGAAAUGUCAAUGGUCAUAAAAAUAAAAUAACUAAACAUGAAGAUGCUGCAGAUGUUACAAACAUUGAAGCAAUCAUGUCAGAUGAUAAUAAUGAAGACUAUGAACCAAAAAAGCCGAAAUGGCACUUUUUAAAUAUUACCGCAUCAAAAUUGUUAUCAGAAAAGGCAGAUUCUUUGAUUAUUGCUUGUAAAGAGGAUCCACAAAAUAUUUUUAAUGAAUUAUCAGGCUUUGUGAAACCAGGAAGACCAUUUGUUGUAUAUUAUAAUGUUGCUGAGCCUUUGCAGAACUUGUAUAUGGGACUUAAAUCAAAGGGUAAUGUUGGCGCUCUGAAACUUACAUGCAAUUGGAUGAGGAACUAUCAGAUACUACCAGAACGAACACAUCCAGAAGUGACUAUGGACAAUGGAGGUGGAUUUUUGUUAAGUGGAUACAUAUUUAAAUGAUUAUAUAUUUAUAAAAAAUUAAUAAAACAUGUUUUAUACAAAGUUUUAAUGCUUUCAUUUGCUCAAAUGCACAUAUAUAAACUAAAUGCAUCAUACAAAUUAAGAUCGACACAAAUAGACCCCAUUAAUCUCAAUAACUAAUAAAAAAUGAGUGAAGUUCAAAGAACCAUUGUCUAGGUAUAAUGAAUGUGUCAUAUUUUGUGUAUAGAAAGUCCAACUAGCAGCGAUACAU